AGCCGCGCAGGCAGAGAAACGCUGGGGUUGGCAGUGACCCAGACUGAGGUCUCCUGGCCCCCCAGGAGCCUCCUUCAUGGACCCAGAGAUCGCCAGAGGGGCUGCGUCAGUGUAGGAUGGGCAACUGCGUCAAGUCCCCACUGAGAAACCUCUCGAGAAAGAUGCGCCAGGAGGAGAAGACCAGCUACAUGGUGGUGCAGACGAGUGAGGAGGGCCUGGCCGCCGGCGGCGGCGAGCUCCCGGGACCGCUCAUGAUGCUGGCCCAGAACUGCGCAGUCAUGCACAACCUGCUGGGACCCGCCUGCAUUUUCCUUCGAAAAGGUUUUGCCGAGAACAGACAACCUGUACGUAAGUUGGCCCAGUGCCGCCGGCCAAUCCUGGCUUCACAGGGCAUGAGGGGGGUGCUGGGGGAGAAAAGGGGUUCUCUACACAGCAGGCCCCGUCUUCAAACACCCGGCUUACUCACUUCCCCAGAGCUCCGAGAGGCCUUCCGAGAAUUCGACAAGGACAAGGACGGCUACAUCAACUGCCGGGACCUGGGGAACUGCAUGCGUACCAUGGGCUACAUGCCCACCGAGAUGGAACUCAUUGAGCUGUCUCAGCAGAUCAACAUGAACUUGGGUGGCCAUGUGGAUUUUGAUGACUUUGUGGAACUAAUGGGACCUAAGCUCCUGGCGGAGACAGCCGAUAUGAUUGGUGUAAAGGAACUGAGAGAUGCCUUUCGGGAGUUUGACACCAACGGCGAUGGGGAGAUAAGCACCAGUGAGCUUCGAGAGGCCAUGAGGAAGCUCCUGGGCCAUCAGGUGGGUCACCGAGACAUAGAGGAGAUUAUCCGAGAUGUGGACCUCAAUGGAGAUGGACGAGUGGACUUUGAAGAGUUUGUCCGGAUGAUGUCCCGCUGAGGCCGCCAGGGCUUCUCCAGGACUGCCAACUCCCACAGGCGGGGAGAAGAGCCGAGCUCGCCUCGCCUCACUCCGCAGUAGAUGCCGAGAGCCCAGGAUGCAACGGGCGGAUGGGGCCUGCCUGCACCCCGGGGAGGUGCCCACCCCGGACCCCCACCCCUCCGCACUGUGAAAGACUCACAACUCCUGCAACUGGAAAAAAGGGGGGCGCCCGCCGGCGAGGAGGCCGCAGUGCCAAAGCCGGUAGAGGACAUGCGAGGCGCCAAGUGCCAUGUGCCCAGCCGCUGCUGGCUGGGUGGGCCAGGGAGCCCACCAGCAGACCCCACACAGCAUGUCUGCCCCGGGGCAGAGCCUUUCAGCGCCCUCCUGAGCUCUACGCCCGUCCCAGCUCGCCUAGCCCUUUGAUCUCAGAACCAAUAAAAAAAAAACGAGAAUGACA